CGAGGCAGGGGUUCAGGAUCAAGUCAGGAAUCAGGAUCGAGCAGCUGCUGCUCAGGAGGAUUAGCAUGCAGGCUCAGCAGCUCACAACUUUCUGUGGCAGCUACAACUAAGUGUUGCAAGCAGUGGGAGAGUGGCGCGCCCCUAGGCCUCGGGCCAUCAAGCAGCAGUGCGCUGACUACUGUGUAGCUGGUUUGGUGAUAUAUUCCUGCGGAGACGUGCAAGGGGAGUGUUUGAUGUUCUCUGCAUGCUACCACUCCCGCACUGGCAGCCUGUAGUGGGUGAUUGACAUCAAGCGAAGACAUCACCAUAUUCACUAGCUGCAAUGCAUGCCACGGCACGGCUCCCCUCGAGGUGUUCAUUUCAGAACUGCCAAAACGUAAGCUUCAGCCACGGCAGGCCCAAUGUUGUUUCGUUUUUAUGGUUGUCCUCCUUGUCACCGAAUGGUUUGAAACUUAAGGCGCCUUUGUGCAAGGGCGAAAGCGCCACAAGGGGAAGUCCUCAACAGGUGGCAAUUAUAGCAAGCAAACACUGUUCUUACUCCAAACAGAAAGGUUUUCCCAGCAAUUUCAGCCACCAGACACAAGGAAACGGCUUGGCAACAACCGGGCGAUACUUACAGUCACAUUGGCAGCAAAGGCAGUCACGGGAAGGGCACACUACUGUUCCAGGGGCUACAAAUGAUAAGGUCGAAGGAGACGUCACAUCUUUGACUGGCGAGGACGUCCAAUACCUGCUCAAGUUGUUUGCCAGUUGCACUGUCGGCGCCAUCGUUGUGAAGUAUGGUAGCAUUCUUUUGCCGGGGCUCACAACGCCCAAUCUCGUUCAAGCAGUUUUUAUGAUCUUUGCUCCAUGUCUUGUAGUCGCAAUGUUACUACAAAUACAAAGUAAUAAAGGCUCCAAGUGAUGAAUCCGCAUAUACCAACUCCAGAAGAGCCAUGGGUGGGGGUGACCGUACUUGAACAUGCUGAAAUCCUGACUUGGUAAACAUGAAGGCGUCGUCACCAUCAUCAAAAGCCAGAAACAUGUCCCUCAUCUUCGACAAAGACAUGUCGUUGCCGACACUCCUUGUACGCCUUUGCACGAGGGCAUGGGCCAAUUGAGAGGCAACAUAGUUAACCCUGCGGAAGUUAAGUGGACAGCGAUCCCCAUGCUCUCGAAGACUGCAAGGCUGCAUUCAAGCCCUGCAGCACGCAACAAAAAGUGCAGAUUCCAUGAAAAUCCAUCUUAGGGAAAGGAUUUUUUUGUUGGUGCAAUAAUCUGGCCACAAGCAGCUCAUCAUGUGGAGACUGCUGACUGGCAUAUGCGGCAGCCGCGAGGUGAGUUUUCCAAAGUCGAGUUUGAGGCGAAAAUUUGGUUAGUAAGGGGUG